GUUCCUGUCCAAGCUGGGACACGUGAAAGACUUCUCCCACUGGCCGAAGCAGCCUCCCCAUACCCUCUGACCUCAAGGGAAGCUGGUCUACUUCCUCCCAUUUUUUUGUAUCAAAGAAAGUGCCAAUAAGCAGCAAUCGGCAAGAAUGUGAACAACUUUUCCAGUGGUUGAUAGCAGUGGCUCACACAGCUCCGCAGAUCCCUAAAAAGGACCCAGGACGGGAGCGCUCAGUAGAACCACCAUGAAGACCUUUAGGAUUGCCCUUCUUAUCAUCCUCCUAACCCCGCUCAAGCUCCUCACUACAGCAACUGAGACACCCAAUACGAGUGUUCCUCCUCCCAUCACAUCUGUCCACACUCCCAUUACAUCUGUCCGUUUAACCGAUGCUGCUGCCACCGCUGCUGAGACCACGCGCAAAACAGUAAAUGCCACGGACAAACCAACAGCAACACCACCCCAUCUCUCAGUGCAGUCCACAUCUCCACAUGCUAAGGAUGAUGCAUGGGUAACAGACAAAGGGGCAACGACCCAGGCCACAACAACUGUUCCCACGAGUGACCCACUCCAAAAUGUGACCACAGUUCAGGCUACAUCAAAGACUCACCCACAAGUUAUUCAGACAACCACAGAGAGACAUGGUUUUCCUUCACCGGGAUCCUUGACCACCUCCAGACCAGAAGAGAAAGUUUCAGGUGGUGGAAUUACAGGUCAGGAAGGAGACAAGAACAAUAGGAAUGCGGGUCAAGAUACCAGUCACCGGGCUGGAGAUGAAGAACCAGAAACUCCUAAAUCAAAUAAGAAUAUGCUGUGGAUUCUUUUGCCAGUCCUGGGAGUUGUGGUGGCUGCUGUCAUCGUCUUUUUCAAAUUUAAAAGCAUGAAGGUCCACGAUCACACAGAGGCAAUUGAUAAUGGAACAGAAAAUGCUUCUUUCCAGAGCAGGUCGGACAGCACCAAAGAUGGUGUCAUGCUUCUCGGGGUGAAGUCCUCUGGUGCUGCUGCAAGAUAAAAGGGAGGGCGUCCCAUUUGACAGUAUAUGACCAAUAGCUCUCACAACCCGAAAAAUGGUCAAGACCUUCAACUAUCUAAAAAUGCUGGACAAUCAAAUAUGGCAUAUAAGAAUCCCGAAAGCUAAGUGGGCACAUUCUUAUACUGUAUAGUGUGGAAAGAAGAUUGGUGUGGAGCAUUGUAGGAUAUGGGACUCUUAACUGAACAUGUGUCUGUUAAAGAAUAUUCACUAGGAUACUUACUGUAUAUCAUUUUUAAAAAUAUGUACUUCACUGUUUUUUGUAUUCUUAAUUUGAUGGUAAUUUAGCCAUGGAGGAACUGUGAUCUCAAUUUAAUCAAGAGUAUUGUAGUAUUGUAGGAUAUGGGACUCUUAACUGAACAUGUGUCUGUUAAAAAAUAUUCACUAGGAUACUGUAUAUCAUUUUUAAAAAUAUGUACUUCACUGUUUUUUGUAUUCUUAAUUUGAUGGUAAUUUAGCCAAGGAGGAACUGUGAUCUCAAUUUAAUCAAGAUCCAGACAUUUCAUUCAGGAAAACAAUGCUAGAUUUUGAAUUAAUGUGAAUAAAUGAACCCAAAAGCUCAUUGUCUGGGUGCAAGAGGAUUGUUUGUCUCAUCCCUGUAUUUAAGAUACUGGUUUUGAUUUUAUAUCACACAAACAUGUAUGAAAUCCAAAUGCACUGAACCUGAAUUCAGCACACAAUUCCUUGAUUCAAACCAGUUAGUGACCAGUACACAUUAUUAAGUGUUUGUAUGCUUCAAAUCUGUUGUAAUAAAUUAUUUAGCUUUCAGUGUAAAUGCCAGGAUUGUAAAGAUUAGCUAUUUUGCCGGUAUGUUUCCUGCUUUUCAACCAGUUAUUGUGUAUAUUAGAGCAAACAAUAAGACUUCCCACUGGUCAAAGAAAAUUUGAAUUUCUCAAAUAAAGAAGAACGUUAUUUGACUGAUCGGCAUUGGUUGAAUAUUUGUUGUUUUGCACCUGUACAUGCUCACGAAAGUUUGUUGAUUUUGGAUGUUGAUUUUACCUGGCUACACACGGUAUCUUUAAUGUGCUGAAUUAUAUAACACAACCAUAGGAAAGGCUAUCGAGAAUAAAAUAUUCAGUAUUUGAGAGCUGUAGCUCCGCCCACAGGUUAUAUGGAGCAGCGCAUGCUGGGCGAUCUCCAGCUCUGAGGAUAAGGAAGUAACUAGAGAAAAGUCUAGUCAAUUAGUUCAAGCCGUCUAUUGUUUUUUCCUUUAGUUAGCAUUAUUUGUUUUACCAAGGCCAGCGUGUGUCCUUCAGAAAUAUGAGUACAUAUGUCUUACUCUUCAUGUGUUAAUGUUGUGGACGUACUCGCUGACAAUUAUGUCGUUUAUCUUUGUUAUGCUAAUUUGCGUUUUUGCCACAAACUAGCAAAUGCAAGCUUGCUAGCGCGGUUGUUUUUGUCAUCUCAUUUCGAACAUUUGUGAUUUGUAUAGUAUAAUGUUCCCCAGUGCCGUGUUUAUAUGCCCUGUAACUAUAAAUACUGUAUGUGUGAAGUAUAGUUUAUUUGGUUUUAUUGUGGAUUGUGUAGACAUGCAUUCAAGUUCAUGCAGUUGUGUGAGGAUGAUGGUGCUGCUUUGUAGUGCUGGGUGGCUACACCCUUCUGAUCUUUUAUUAGUGAAGUCACAGCCUGUUUUGUCCUGUGCAGCACAUAACCUAUUGAAGCCAUAUUAUUGUUUAUAGCCAAUGUAAUUGGAGGAUGUAUUAACCUGCCAUUUUUCCCCUUUUACUUUCACAACCAAUCUUGGUUAAAACAAUUGUCAAGCCAUACCUUAAAGUGCCUUAGCCCAUACACUGUGCUGUGCCUGCUCUAUGUGAAUCAGCGUUAUUAAACCACCUCAACUGAAA